AUGGAUUUUGAUCAUAGAAGCAAGCACAACUCGCGUUUUCAUCAAGACAUGCUCAACAGCCGUAAGCACAUACGCUACGAAGUUGUCGGUGCUCCACGAAACCCAUUCGAGGCUGCAGCUAAGAGAACACGAGAAGCCGAAGAAACUAAUGCCUGCGUAACUCAAAAUCCAAGUAACCGACAAGAGUCUGCAGACUGUGCAGAGACUGGAAUUUCAGAUGAUCAUAAAAAUGACCAAUGUCUACCCACUGUCAUUGAGAAGCAGUUUGUUCCUGAAAUGCAUCGAAACGAAAAUUUAACGGCAGGGAAGAGACCUCGAUUAGAUUUAGAGAGUCAAUUUGAUGAAUUAGAAAGUCCAAGAUCUGAAGAAUUUGAUAGAAAUGUACCCUCAGGCUCAGACGCCUGAUAUGAAAGCGCUGUUUUAGAAUCUAAAUGUUUUGUCAGUGCAAAUGGUGAGUAAUAAGCACUAAGUAGCUACGACUGGUACGUUUUUAGUUUCGUUCUUUAAAAACUGUAAUUUGUAAAUAUUUUAAAUUGACGGCUGUUGCCAGUUUGCCAUGUUUUAUGAUCAAUACUUAAUUAUUUUUAUAGAUUGACAGCCCUGCUCAAAGACUUGAUGAAGGCGAUAGCAACUCACCGCCAACGGUUGAAGAAUCCAGUGAAGACGCAACGAGUAAAAUUGCAGGUAUGUUAGGCACUCUCUUAGAUGUCAUCAAAGAAGGAAAAUCGCUACACUCAUCGUAAGGUGAAGAGGGAUAUUGUGAAGAAGUGUUCCUAUCUACAGUUCAAAAGUUUGUAAAUGAAGUGAAAGAGAGCAGCAAUAACAUCGGUGAACUAGCUAAUGAAGCCCUUGCAAGCCAUGAGGAAGCGAUGCAGCAAAGUUUUCACAAUACGGACCGCGCUGAAUCAGUUAACUUUGAAAGAGAUCCUGGUAUUAGAAAAGGAAUGAAGCUCACUGAAAACGAAAAACAAUACCUAAUCUGCCAGGGACCAUAUCAGCCACGCUUUAAGAAAUACCCUACAAAUCCGGCGAUUUCAAAAACAAAACAGAAUGCAUUCUCUCCAAAAUGGUACGAAAAAUUCCCAUAUCUGGAAUACAGUCCCACCACAGAUCGGGCAUUUUGUUUUGCGUGUUGCUUGUUUUGGAGACGGAGCAGGAUCUACCGACACUAA